AUGGCUGCACAAGAAGGACGAGCUCCGUACCCGCCAUUCACGCUGGAGACGGCUCAGAUCAAAGUUAAGGCCGCUCAAGAUGCCUGGAACACCAGGUUCGCACAUCCUAUCCCUUUCACUUCUCUCAAUCGCAACUACUUACCAAAAACCUGCAGGAACCCAGAUGGUGUCAAAAUGGCAUACACGCCCGACUCAAUCUGGCGCAACCGCGGCACAUUUCUACAAGGUCGCGACGAGAUUCAAAAGUUCUUGACCGAUAAAUGGAGCAAGGAAGAUGGCUACCGACUUCGCAAGGAGCUCUUCGCUUUUACAGACAACAAGAUCGCCGUGCAGUUCUGGUACGAGUGGCAUGAUGAGGCAGGCCAGUGGUGGCGCACGUAUGGGCUUGAGGACUGGACUUUUGCCGAGAAUGGGUUGAUGAGGAAGCGCCAGAUGAGUGGGAAUGACGUGAAGAUUAGCGAUGCGGAUAGAUGGUUCAAGGAUGGCGUUGAUGUGAAUACCGUCGACAUUUCCGAGAAGCACUGGUGA